AUGGGUAUCACUGGAAUGGAAACCAGAGAACGUGUAAACCUACAAGCAGAGGCAGAGAACGCCCUGCUUCCUACGUCGCAGCUGAUACUAUUGCUGUUGCGGCUGCUCCUCCUCCAGCGCAACAAUCCGUUCUGCAUGCUAGCCGGGGUAAACGCACUGCCACCCACCCAUCGGUCGGUCCGGUGGGUGCGGCUGGCGAGAUUUCACCGCCGAAAGGUCCAGACAGCCCAAACCGGCAAUACACGCGAGAGACGCUGCCGAGAGCGGCGCGACUCGGGCGGCUCGGGAGCGCGUGUGCCCGAGGCAGCGCGGGGUCCCCCGGGAAGUUUGCUGCCGGCCUGGGUGAGCGGCGUGCCCCGCGAACGGCUCCGCGACUUCCAGCACCACAAGCGCGUGGGCCACUACCUCAUCGGCAGCAGGAAGCUGGGCGAGGGCUCCUUCGCCAAGGUGCGCGAGGGGCUGCACGUGCUGACCGGAGAGAAGGUGGCCAUAAAAGUCAUCGAUAAAAAGAGAGCCAAAAAGGACACCUAUGUUACUAAAAACCUGCGGCGCGAGGGGCAGAUCCAGCAGAUGAUCCGCCACCCCAACAUCACCCAGCUCCUCGAUAUCUUAGAGACUGAGAACAGCUACUACCUGGUCAUGGAGCUGUGUCCUGGGGGCAACCUGAUGCACAAGAUCUAUGAGAAGAAGCGGCUGGAGGAGUCUGAAGCCCGCAGAUACAUCCGGCAGCUCAUCUCUGCAGUCGAGCACCUGCACCGGGCUGGGGUGGUCCACAGAGACUUGAAGAUAGAAAAUUUGCUGCUAGAUGAAGACAAUAAUAUCAAGCUGAUUGACUUUGGUUUGAGCAACUGCGCGGGGAUCCUGGGUUACUCGGACCCCUUCAGCACACAGUGUGGCAGCCCCGCCUAUGCCGCGCCCGAACUGCUUGCCAGGAAGAAAUAUGGCCCCAAAAUCGAUGUCUGGUCCAUAGGUGUGAACAUGUACGCCAUGCUGACUGGGACUCUGCCUUUCACAGUGGAGCCCUUUAGCCUGAGAGCUUUGUACCAGAAGAUGGUGGACAAAGAAAUGAACCCCCUCCCCACCCAGCUCUCAACAGGAGCCAUCUCCUUCCUGCGCUCCCUCCUGGAACCAGAUCCCGUGAAGAGGCCGAAUAUUCAGCAGGCACUGGCCAAUCGCUGGCUCAACGAGAGUUACGCGGGCAAAGUGCCGUGUCCCGUCACCUACCCCAACAGGAUCCACCUGGAGGAUCUGAGCCCGAGCGUGGUGCUACACAUGACAGAAAAGCUGGGCUUCAAGAACAGCGACGUGAUCAACACCGUGCUCUCCAACCGUGCCUGCCACAUCCUCGCCAUCUACUUCCUCUUAAACAAGAAACUGGAGCGCUAUCUGUCCGGGAAAUCCGACAUCCAGGACAGUGUCUGCUGCAAGACCCACCUCUACCAGAUAGAGAAGUGCAGGGCCACCAAGGAGCCCUAUGAGGCCUCCCUGGACACCUGGACGAGAGACCUCGAAUUCCACGCUGUGCAGGAUAAAAAGCCCAAAGACCAGGAAAAAAGAGGGGAUUUUCUCCCCUGGCCGUUCUCCAAGAAGCUGGACAAGACCCUGCCCUCGCACAAGCUGGCCAGCGCCUCGCCCGUCACGCAGAACCAGGGCACCAAGGCACUGAGGGACCAGAAGGCCUCCAAGCCCGCUUUCCCCGACAAAGAUUCCUUUGGCUGCCGCGGUAUCUUCCGCAAAACCUCUGAUUCCAACUGUGUGGCCUCUUCUUCCAUGGAGUUCAUUCCCAUCCCACCUCCCAGGACCCCCAGAAUUAUAAAGAAACCAGAACCCCAUCAUCCAGGGCCCGGAAGUGCCGGCAUUGCCCCCAAGGAGGACCCCCUGAUGCUGGAUAUGGUGCGCUCCUUCGAGUCUGUGGACCGUGAUGACCCCACAGAGCUGCUGUCCCCGUCUCAUCACUACAGGAUCCUAAACUCCCCCCUGAACUUCGCUCGCAGAAAUUCCAGCGAGAGGACGCUCUCCCCGGAGAUCCUGGAUUCCCGUGUCCCUGGGCUCGGGGUCUGGGCCAUGUCCUUGAAGGAGAUCCUGGAUUCCCGUGUCCCUAGGUUCGGGGUCUGGGCCGUGUCCUUGUAG